CAGUGCGCAGUCGUUAUUGUCGAAGUUAUCAGGCAGCGGAGUCAAUUCGCUUUGAUUUUUUCGCACUGCCCUCAAAUGCAAGCGAGUCCGCCAAGGCAGCGCUACGUUUCCGGUCCCUUCCGAUCCGAUCCGAUCCGAACCGAUCCGUUAAGUGCUAGAAAGCCGUCGCAACCAGAGACCAGAGUGGUUCUAACCAAGAAAAAAAUAAACACACCGAAUAAAUCAGUGAAAAUGUGCCAGAAAUCAGUUGGAAAGCGGCUAUUAAUUAAACAGUAAAAACAAGGACACGAGGGACCACGCCCGGGAAGGCGGGUUCUCCGGCGGACAGUGUCCGGCUGUCAGUUGGUCAAACAGUUCAUCAAUAAACGAUUCGACUUCCGUUUCAUUGCGUGUCCUUUUACCUGCGUGCAUGUCUGCCUGUGUGUGAGUGUCUGUGUGCCGCUGUGUGCGUGCGUGAGUGUGUGUGAACUGAGCUGAGCUGAGGAAACUUUGCAACUUCCGGCCAAGUGACUUCGAUUUAAUUUCUUUGGCUUUUUUAUGGUCAAGGCAUUUAAUUAAUUUUACUAUGGCAAUUUGAGCGUCUGAUGGCCUGAACUCUGACCCCUCCAACCCCGUGGCACACACAAAGCAAGGAGCCAUCAAAAGGAGGCGGAGUCAGCCACACCCAUUUCCACCGAUCAAUUGACAUGUAAUUCGCACCGAAGGUGAACUCCAACGUUCUGUGAUAGACGAGUAUACGAGCAGCGAAUCCCCGUGGGAUCCUGCCCCCCAAUCGGUUCUCGAUUCAAUCAAAUUGAAUCCCGAAUCAGACAGCGAAUCAUCGAAGGUGAUCUUAACUUUUGGAGCGGCUAAAAGAAACAGCGACAAACUGUCGACUCUGUCGAUCCGCAACUUCUCGGCAAACAUGCUGAACAAUCUUGGGGCCAAUGUGCUGGGCCCCAAGGAUUGUGACCUGCCCAAGGCCGCGUUGACGGCGCUGCACGCGGGCGUGAACAGUUUCGGCCAGCUGCCCGUAGGUCCCAACUUGGCGGAUCUCGGCGGCGGAGCGGGCGGAGGAUCUGCCGGCGGAGUGCCAGUGGGCGGUGGGGUGGCACGCCUGCACAUUUCCGGCGGACUGUGCGACAACUCUAAUGCGCUGAGCAGCGGAAACGGAAACAGCGGCAACGGCAACAGCAACAACAACGGAAACGGAAACAGCAACAGCAACAACAUGCAGCAACAGGAUCAGCACCUGGAUAAAAACAAGCAGAAGCGCCACCGCACCCGCUUCACUCCCGCCCAGCUGAACGAGCUGGAGCGCUGCUUCUCGAAGACCCACUAUCCGGACAUCUUCAUGCGCGAGGAGAUCGCCAUGCGGAUCGGACUCACAGAGUCCCGCGUUCAGGUGUGGUUCCAGAACCGCAGGGCCAAGUGGAAGAAGCGCAAGAAGACCACGAAUGUGUUCCGCACUCCGGGCGCCCUGCUGCCCUCCCACGGACUUCCGCCGUUCGGGGCCAACAUCACGAAUAUCGCCAUGGGCGAUGGCCUCUGCGGGACGGGAAUGUUUGGCGGAGAUCGCUGGAGCGUGGGCGUUAACCCCAUGACGGCAGGCUUUGGCCAGCUGAAUCAGUCGUCGCCACUCUCGUCCUCGCUGAACUCGGGCCUAAACUCGGGCAUUAACAUGGGUUCCGCUUUGGGAGCGGGAAGUUAUCAGCACUACGGCCUCAAUGCUCUGGGCGACUCCAUGAUGUACCAGCACAGUGUGGGCGGGGUCAGUUGUGGGCCCAGUGGUUCGCCGAGCGCCACCACCCCGCCGAACAUGAACAGCUGCUCGUCGGUGACCCCGCCGCCACUUUCCGCGCAGCCGAACUCUAGCCAGAACGAGCUGAACGGCGAGCCCAUGCCGCUGCACCAGCAACAACAACAGCAGGCUCACCAGCAGCAGCAGCAGUCGCACCAGCACAGGCAAAUGGCGCCACCGACACCCACACAGCAGCAACAGGACGCAGGACUUCCGCUCUGCCACCAGUCCAUGCAGUCGCCUUCGGAUGGCGCCACCGACGAUGACGUGUGGCGGGGACACAGCAUCGCAGCGCUGCGGCGGCGGGCGUCGGAACUAAACGCCACGGCGAUUCCCUCGUAUUUACAUCAUCAUGCUUCAAACUACGAACACCACAGUUCGGUCUACUGAAAUUUAUUGAAGAGCUUCGAAAGCUUUUCGGAUUACGGAUUUACCAACUGCGGAGGUCCUGACAUGGGCUAGGAUGUACAGGCUGUACAGCUGAUGCAAAACGGCCGUUGGGGAUUCAAAUUGCGAAAUUUCGGCAGCGAAGCGUUAUAAGAUAACCAAAACCUAGGCUUAGGGCAUUGUACAAUUUAUGUGUUUGCAUUAUUUGUUUCAUGAUUUCCAAGAAUUAACUUAAAAGACUAUAAUGAAUGUAAACCAUGUAUACGAGAAACGAAGCUUGCGAAGGCACUUACGAUUUAUCUGAAGCUAGGUGUUAAGCAAACUAUGAAACUAUUCCCGCAUGAAUAUGUAGACUCUAGACGUAACAUUUGCCGUAUACGAAAACUGUAUAAACUAGAUCGCAAGCGAGGGUAGCUAGAGAAGUAUCCUCGAGGCAUCACAAUAAUUUUUGGCAAGGCGAUUCCUCGGAAAUCGCGCUUAGUUCGUAUGUAAGCAUAAUUAUGCCUAGGAGUGUAUGUAAGUAGAUCUAUUCUUAUGUAAGUGUUGUUGUUUUUGUGUAUAGGCAGUAUACUUCCGUUCCGUUGCUAUCACUUGAUCUAACCAUACGAUACAACCCAUAGAAUAUCAAACGAGCAGCCCAACUAUAGCAAACUGACACUAGAGCAGCUCAAUCUCAACCUAAAUCGUUUCGGAGUGCACGCAUCCAAUGGAUUACUUUUACGAUUACCAACUACAAAUUAUACAAAUACAAAUACCAUUAUAUAUACAUGCAUACGAUUAUGGCAUACUUGUAAUAGACUUUCUUGUAUCGUUUAAGCCUAAAUUUAAAUCAACCUAAAACAAAAAACGAAACACAAUUACUAUGUAUGUAAUUAUGCGUAUUAUUAAAUAGUAAACUAAAUUAAAAAUUGAA